AAACCAGUGCCUGCGGCCACCAGUUUUGCUCACCUCCGUUAUAUAUAACCCAGCAUACUCCCACCCUUCAUUCCAACAGCACAAGCAUCCACUCAGUUCUUUCACUACUCUGCAAGUCCAACACUACACACGCACACAACGAUCACAAAUCAGUUUCCACUCUCGACCAACCCAGCAAGAAGAAGGAGAAGAGAUGGCCGGUGCAGCGAAGGCGUCUUGGAUAGUGGCGAUGAGCGUCGGCGCCGUGGAGGCGCUCAAGGACCAGGCCGGACUCUGCCGCUGGAACUACGCGCUCAGGUCCAUCCACCGGGCCGCCAAGGCCAAGGCCAGCGCCCGCGCCGCCGUCUCCCAGGGCAAGAAGCAGCUUCCCAUCUCGGCGGCGGCGGCGGCGGCAGAGAAGCGGCGAGCGGAGAAGGCCGAAGAAGGGUUGAGGACGGUGAUGUACCUCAGCUGCUGGGGACCCAACUAGUAGUAGCUACGACUGCUAGGUACCAGUGUUUUGCUGCAGCAAUGGCCUGGCCUGAGGCUUGGCUGGUUGUCCCCCAUUGUAAUCUACCACCUCGACGAUGAUGAUGAAACUUUCAGUCACUUAGCUGA